GCCGUGCCGCGCCGCGCCGUGCCGUGGUCGGCCGGGCGCCGCUGCAGGCUGGCCCCCUGCGGCUGCCUGCGGGGCAGCGGCGGCGGCCGGGCUGCCGGGAUGAUCCGGUUCCGGAGCUCCAGCAUCAGGUCGCUGAGCCCGGAGAUGAAAUGCACCGUGCGGCUGCUGGACGACUCCGAGAUCUCCUGCCACAUCCAGAGGGAAACUAAAGGUCAGUUUCUCAUAGAUCACAUCUGCAACUAUUACAGCUUGCUGGAGAAAGAUUAUUUUGGCAUUCGCUAUGUUGACCCUGAGAAGCAAAGGCACUGGCUUGAGCCCAACAAAUCUGUCUUCAAGCAAAUGAAAUCUCAUCCACCAUAUACCAUGUGCUUUAGAGUGAAAUUCUACCCACAUGAACCCUUGAAGAUUAAAGAAGAACUCACCAGAUACCUCCUAUACCUACAAAUAAAAAGGGAUAUUUUCCAUGGCCGUUUGCUGUGUUCUUUUUCUGAUGCUGCCUACCUGGGUGCCUGCAUUGUCCAAGCUGAGCUUGGUGAUUAUGAUCCUGAUGAACACCCAGAGAAUUACAUCAAUGACUUUCAGAUUUUUCCCAAGCAAUCACAAAAGCUCGAGAAGAAAAUAGCUGAAAUGCAUAAAAGUGAAUUCAGAGGUCAGAGUCCAGCUGUUGCUGAAUUGAACUUGCUCCUGAAAGCAUAUUCUUUGGAAACUUACGGCGUUGAUCCUCAUCCUUGCAAGGACUCAAUGGGGACAACUACAUUUUUAGGUUUCACAGCUGCAGGAUUUGUAGUUUUCCAAGGGAAUAAAAGAAUUCAUUUGUUAAAAUGGUGUGAUGUCUAUAAACUAAAAUUUGAAGGGAAGACUUUUUAUGUGUUUGGAACUCAGAAAGAGAAAAAGGCUGUACUAUCAUUCCAUACCUCUACACCAGCAGCCUGCAAGCAUCUUUGGAAAUGCGGGGUGGAGAACCAGGCUUUUUACAAGUAUGCAAAAUCCAGUCAAAUCAAGACCAUGUCCAGCAGCAAAAUAUUUUUUAAAGGCAGUAGAUUUCGUUAUAGUGGGAAAGUAGCCAAAGAGGUUGUGGAGGCAAGCUCUAAAAUCCAGAGGGAACCUCCUGAAGUUCACAGAACCAGCAUUACCCAGAGUCGCAGCUCUCCCUCUUUGAAUAAGCAACUCAUAAUCAACAUGGAACCUCUGCAGCCCCUCCUUCCUUCUCCCUGUGAGGAAGAAGAGGUUCCUUUAGAUGAAGGUACCCAGCUGCCAAAGGAAGAUGAGAUUUCAGUACCUGUGACUUCAGGCUCCCUGAGUAAGGACAAUGGGGAGAAUGUUGACCUUGCGAUUGAACAAGAAGAGAAGAUGAAAGAGGAACCUUUAACUAUCUCAGAACUGGCAUACAAUCCAAGUGCCAGCUUGCUGCCCACUCCUGUUGAUGACGAGAUUGACAUGCUUUUUGAUAGCUGUCCAAGAGUAGAGAAUGAGAAAGAGGAUACAGAUUCAUUUGAGGAACUCGAAGCAGAUGAAAAUGCCUUUUUGAUUGCAGAGGAGGAAGAACUGAAAGAAGCUCGGAGGGCGCUUAGGUGGAGCUAUGACUUUGUAAUGGGGAACAUAAAGGUGAAUGCCUUUUUGAAGAGUUUUUCCAGACUUCUUCUUGUAGGCCUUGGACUGUUGUUACUUGUGUUCCCUGUUCUCCUUGUUCUGUUGGAGUCGGAUCUUCAAAUCUCAUUCCUCCAUGAAAUCCGUCAGACGCCAGAGUUUCAGCAGUUUCACAUUGAAUAUUACUGCCCACUGAGGCAGUGGUUUGCUUGCAAAAUAAACUUCAUUCGUGACAUGCUGGGCAGCUUUUAAAUUUGAAACAAAUACGAUACAGCUAAGGGCUAUAUUCAAAAUUUCAUUUAGUGACAGCUUUCCAUAAUGCCCCUGGGCCCAUCAUUUGGUAGAGGUCUUCAUAUCCAGUUCAUUACAGACUCUUCAGGCUCUUAAGUUCCUUUUAAAGACUUAAAUUACCCUUUUAGUUCACCUUUCAAAAACCAAAAGGAAUCUUUACUUUAAUUACAUUUCAGACUUCCUGCUCACUUAUUACAUCAUAUAAGAUGAUGUCACAAUAAGUCUCAUUGCCCUUAAUCUUUCAAUCCUUGACACUAAAAGAAAAACUUUCUUGAAUAUACUCCUUAGUGCAGCAAUCUCUUCUAACCAAUGCCUAUACAAGCAAUGUUUAUGCUGGGUUUUUGGUUUUGGUUUGUUUGUUUUUCUGUUUGUUUGUUUGGGUUUUUACAUUUGUAUGUGUUUAAAAUAUUUUGGUAAAUUUUUAGCAAAAGACAACUUCUGAUGUUAUUUAAAUGUACAAAUUGGUAAAGAAUAUUUCACGAGGGCAUGUAUAGUGUUUUAGCAAUGUUUUGUUUUUAAGCUACUGGCUGGAGAAUGAGCUUAAUACAGGAGGACUGUGGUUUCAGAACCAGAUGGAAAGUUCACUCAAGUUUAACAGGGCCUGGGGGGGAGGUGAAUUUCUGAAAGGCACAGCUGCAAAGCUUGGGGAAGGGAGCAGAACUGAAAGUAACAAUCCUUUCUCUUAACCUGUCAGGCUGUCUUACACAUUGUCAGUAGAUGUAGAAAGUCACAACAAGAUAGUGCAAGAAUAUUUUGAAAGAGUGGGUUUUCAGGCUAAAUGUAGAUUAUUGUACAUAACAUGGAAGAAGACAAUAGUAAGUAGCAAAAAAAAAAAAAAAAAGGAAAAAAAAAAAGCUCCCAACCAACCACCAAAACUAGCUAAACCAGUAGGUUAGUGUCCUACUUUAAAAAAUGGUAGAGAAGAAAAAUGUACUCCUUUUUCAAAGCAAGGCAUUAGGCUGUAUAGUUAACAUAAAAGCAUUGUACUGACUCAUAGUUAAAGGCUUGAAUGCUUUAAGAGAUGCCUCUUCAUCCUUGGUGCCCGUUAUUGCUAAUCUCUAAGACAACCUAUUUUCUGUGCAUACUGAUAUGCUUCUUUGCACAUACAGCAGCAUACUUACCUCUUCCCCUGCUGCUAUGAGCCCAGUUACAUGAUCUAAUACUGUUUCAUGUAACAUGGAUUCUUAUAUCUAAAGACACUCCAAUAUAGCUUGAGAUUAUACUUAAGUAAAAUCUUGUCAAUGUUGAGGACAUUUGAAGGCCUUCAAAUGUGCCACAGAGGUUGUAUUUAAAAGAGAAAGGUUGGGUUUGUUU